AUGUCUGACGCAAACGUACUCAAAGAUCAAGGCAAUAAGGCCUUUGCUGCCAAGGAUUACGACAAAGCCAUCGAUUUGUUUUCCCAAGCAAUAGCACUUAAUCCAACGAAUCAUGUUCUUUGGUCCAACCGCAGCGCAGCAAAAGCGGGUCAAAAAAAGUGGGACGAUGCCCUGGCCGACGCGGAAGAGUGCGUAAGAAUUAAUCCUUCGUGGUCCAAAGGUUAUGCCCGUAAAGGUGCAGCUUUGCACGGUGCACGUAAAUAUGAUGAGGCAAUUGCGGUGUAUGAAGCUGGGAUCAAGUUGGAAGAUAGCCCUGCUUUGAGGAAAGGCCUUCAGGAAGUCAAGGAGGCGAAAGCCGCUUCUUCAGAUGAUGUGGGUUUCGGAAAGCUGUUUUCAGACCCAAACCUUCUUGGAAAGUUGGCGACGAAUCCCAGGACGGCGAAGCUUCUGUCCGACCCAUCAUUUGUCCAAAAGCUGCAAAUGAUACAAAAAAAUCCACGUCUCGUAGACAGUGCGCUUCAAGAUCCACGGAUGUUCGACGUCCUCGGUGCACUUAUGGGUAUCGAUAUUUCAGCGAGUACCCGACCCGAAGGGUCCGAUGAACUCCCUGCGGGCGUUUCGCGUGAUCAGACUCGCUCGUUCAGCCCACCGCCUGCUGCCUCGUCCUCGUCUCCCAAGCCAUCACAUCCCACACCUCCUCCUGCAGCCUCCAAGGAAGAUGUUGAGAUGGAGGGUCUUGACGACGAAGAAGCCCAAGCGAAAAAAGCUGCAGAGGCUAGCAAGAAGCUAGGCAGCGAAGCCUACAAGACGAGAGAGUUCGGCGAAGCCGCAAAACACUUCCAGCAUGCCUGGGAUACUUGGCCGAAAGACGUUACAUUCUUGACAAAUCUAGGCGCUGUCUAUUUUGAACAAGGGGAUUAUGACAAGGCAAUAGAAACCUGUGAAAAGGCUGUUGAGGAGGGGCGAUCAAUUCGCGCUGAUUAUAAACUCAUUGCUAAAGCAUAUGGUCGCAUUGGGUUCGCAUAUCAGAAGAAAGGAGAUCUCGGGUCAGCAAUCAAGAACUACCAGAAAUCUCUGACCGAACACCGAACACCUGAUGUACUGAAUAAGCUCCGUGAAAUUGAACGACUAAAAGCAGAAGAGGACCGUAAGGCCUAUAUCGACCCUGAAAGGAGUGCUGCGGCGCGUGAGGAGGGUAAUGUCAAGUUCAAGGCUGGGGAUUUUGCGGGUGCGGUGAAGGAUUACGCGGAGAGUAUUAAACGAGACCCUUCUGAUGCACGAGGCUACAACAAUCGAGCGGCGGCGUACAUGAAAUUGGUGGCAUUCCCGGAGGCGUUGAAAGAUGCAAAUGAAGCGAUCAAGACAGACCCGUCCUUCGUCAAGGCCUACAUUCGCAAGUCCAGUGUCUUGUUUGCGAUGCGCGAGUAUACAAAAGCUAUAGAAGCAAUCCAGGAGGCCACGGAGCAUGACGUUGGUCAUCAACAUACCAAAGAGAUCGCACAGCAGGAGAUGAAAUGUCAGCAAGCGUUAUUCAGCCAAAGAGGCGAGGAGAACCAGGAGGAAACCUUGGCCAGGGCGAUGAGGGAUCCUGAAGUUGCGGGUAUCAUGAGCGAUCCUAUCAUGCAACAAAUUCUGCAGCAAGCACAAACUGAUCCCGGCGCGUUGCAGGAUCAUAUGAAGAAUCCCGUUGUGAGGGGGAAGAUCCAAAAAUUGAUAAAUGCAGGCAUCAUCAGAACUAGAUGAUCGUUGGGCCCAAAGUCUUUUCAUUUAGCACCAGGUUGUUGUACCAGUACAUCUCAGGAUCGUUGCAUUUCGAGGAGCCGUCCUAGUAGCAAUGUAAAUUACAUGACAUUUCUCUACCAUCUCCACUCAACGUUCCCG